UUUCCCCCUUCAGCCCCAUUUCUACCAGACAAUAACAGUGAUACGCAGCAAAAAAUAUUAUAAUGUUACCACAAAAGUUGGCAGAGACAGAAAAACUUGAACAACUGAAAGAAGAGAAGGAGCAUCUGAAAGAGGUUCAGUGCAUGAUAUCAGGGGAACAAAAGGAGGUUCGCAAUGAUGAAUAUUCGCAUAGCAGCAUCGUCGAAGAAAUGGGUAAUCAAAGAGAAAACAUCUGCAUGGAUAUUAAUUCUGAGAGAAGGGACCCGCUGGAGGAUGAGUCCAAGACGAAUAAAAAAAGUUUUUUGGAGGUUUCUCCUGUUGACAGUCACACAAGAAAGCAGAAGGGGUUGACGCCUACCAAGGAAGAGGAGGAGGGGGAAGAUAAAGGUGACAGAGAUGAGUAUCAUCGAGUUCAGAUCAUGGAAGAAAAUGAAAAACUGCAAAGGAAACAUUCAGAAAUGAAGGAUAUGGAGCCAAAACAUCCUAUGAUUUCAGUUCUAAGGGAGACACAAGCAAAGUUGGAGGAGGAGGCAAGACUCGGGCAGGCCGAUUUGGAAUUCCAAGAAAGCUAUUUGGCUGACCGCUUCAAGUUUUCACCGGGCAGAGUGAAGCGGAAGGUUCGUUCCACGUGCAGGUUUUACCGAUUCCGUUUAUUGAAGAAAACGGAAAAGCUGGCUGCAAGGAAACGGCUUCUCGAAGACGCGAGUCCUUCGGUCGUGGCACCUGCGACUGACAUCAACGUACAAGACUGA